AUCUCGACCCCCGUCUCUUCCUCCCCUCCCACGCGGAUCACAUCAAGACGGCGAGGCGAUUCCUCCAGGGCUCUGUCUUAACUUUGCUGGCGGUGGAGCUUCUCAACAUUGUGCAAUUGGUAUUUGAUAUUAAGAGCUGUGAUGAGGUGUAAUGCUUGUUGGAGGGAAUUGGAAGGGCGAGCUGUGUCGACCACCUGUGGUCAUCUAUAUUGCAAUGAGGAUGCAAGCAAGAUACUAAGCAGUGAUGCUGCUUGUCCAAUUUGUGAUCAAGUACUCUCCAAAAGUCUUAUGAGACCAGUUGACAUAAAUCCUGGCAAUGAAUGGAUAAAUAUGGCAAUGGCUGGAGUUUCUCCACAAAUACUCAUGAAGAGCGCAUAUAGGAGUGUGAUGUUCUAUAUUGGGCAACAGGAACUUGAGAUGAAUUACAAGAUGAAGAAGAUUGUUGGGCAGUGCAAGCAGAAAUGUGAGGUCAUGCAAGAAAAGUUCACAGAGAAAUUGGAGCAAAUUCACACUGCAUAUCAGAAAAUGGCCAAAAGGUGCCAAAUGAUGGAACAAGAGAUCGAAAGCCUGUCCAAAGACAAGCAAGAACUACAAGAAAAAUAUGCCGAAAAAUCCAGGCAGAAGAGGAAACUUGAUGAGAUGUAUGAUCAACUAAGAAGUGAGUAUGAGUCUGUGAAGCGUUCAGCAAUCCAACCAGCAAACAGCUUCUUCCCUGGAGCCGAGCCAGAGUUGUUCUCCGGAAUGACUAACAUGAUGGUACCAGAUGAUUUAUUUGUCGCAGAUCAAUCGGUUUUUACUCCUGAAACUCCAGGACGGAGAGAGAUGUGGCCUUCAACGAAGACCGCUAAUUUGGAAGCCUUUGACCUCUCUGGUGGCUCACCAGCAAAAGCAGCACCUGGUCCUGUUGGUUCUGGAACACGGAGACAGCCACGCCCUCCAUUCGGAGCUGCUGCAAACAAUCCUGCAGCGACUACUCUCCAUGAUCUCAUAAUUUCACCAAUGAAGCGGCCCCAGCUUUCACGCAAUCAUGCUCGCUUGUUCACGUGAAGCUCUUGCUGCCUCCCCAGCGAGAGACAAAACAAGUCCUUUGCGACUUGCAUAUCUUGGUAGUUGAUCCAGACUUGCCGGCGCAGUACGAUAUGUCAAAGUUAGCGUGUUUAUAGAGGUCAUGUUGGCUGCAUCAACGUGAUUCAAGCUUUCCAAGGUAAAAUAGUAGCUUCUUCUAUAUUGUUGGCAUGAAUAAUUGACAGAUGAUCAUCGAACGCCUCCAACAGUUGUUUGGCCAAUACAUAUAUUUGCAGAUUAAAAGCCAAAAAACAAAUGCAGAAAAAUUACUAAUAUGUAAAAAAGAGAUUUAUAUACGU